AUGAUGUCUGCUGUCUCCGUCUCCGUUCUCGCUCUUGCUCUCGCGGGCCAGGCUGCUGCCCAUGCCGCUAUCUGGCAUCCGUCCAUGUACGGUUUCAACCAGACUGUCGGCGACAACCGUGCUUUGGACCCACUGAUGGACCGUCACUUCAACACGAGCGACGAGUCGGACACUUGGUGGUUCCACGGCCAUCUCAAGUACCCUCCUCACGCGGACGACAUCAUGCAGCUGCCAGUCGGUGGCGAGCAGAUGCUCGAGAUCGCUUGCGACAAGGGCGUCACGUCGUACUGGGAAUCUGCGCCGGGCGGCAACACGUUCAAUGCCGCCCAGCCGGACUACCCGUGCCCUGGCCAACCCCUCUCGCAAUUCCACACUACCAACAAACAGGACACUGGCGGUUGCGCUCUUGCUGUCGCUUACAAGUCCAACGCCUGGGAGGUUCAGCCAGAAGAUUUUGUCGUGUUCUCGGUCAACCAGACCUGUGUCUGGUCUAUGCACACCUACUUCCAGGUUCCGGAUAACAUGCCUCCCUGCCCCGACGGCAAGUGCACCUGCGCCUUCUUCUGGGGUCAUCAGGCUGACUCGGGUUCGGCUCAGAUUUACAUGAACGGCUUCCAGUGCAACAUGGCAGGCGCGACGAACACCCAGCCUCUUCCCCAGGGCAACCCUGCUCGUCGCUGUGGUAACGAUAUCUAUCUCAACCGCGCCGCUGACCCGGCCAACUGCACGAUCGGUGCUAAGCAACCCAACUACUGGGACCAGCUCGAGGGCAACAACCAAUAUGAGGACAUCAUGGAUCCCCCAAGCUACCAGUCGCUCUAUGGUUUCAUGGACGGCGCUCAGACCGACCUGUAUGCCGGUGUUGGCGCGACCGAGCCCUCUGGUUCGGGCACCGUUACGGGCACUGCCGUGGCUUCUACUGCCCAGGCGACCACGACCAAAGCCGCCGCGAGUACUUCGGCUGCUGCGUCUUCCGUUUCAACCAAAGCUUCUGCUAGCCAGCCGGCCGUGACCAGCAAGGCGCCCUCUAGCCAGUCUGCCUCGACCAGCAAGGCCUCUGCCAGUCAGCCCGCUACCACCAAGGCUGCAGGAACUACCACGAAGGUCGCGGCACCGGCGCCUACUACCUCGGCCGCCGCUUCGUCAUCCGAGAAGCCGACGACUACGAGCGUGGUCGUUGUCUCUUCCAGUGCUCCCGUAGCGACGACAAGCGUCGCGGCGCCUGCUACGACCAGCUCGUCAGGCCAGGUCUGCAAGCGUCGCUUGCACUCUGCUCCCGCCCACCGUGCCGCUGGCCGCCGUCGCGCCCCGAAGCCCUCCUUUGUCCCCGCCGCACGCUCCGCCUUCGCCGCGCACCGCAAGCGCCGUGCUCCAGCGUCCUCGAACUUCUAA